AAGGAGCCAGUGCAACGCUGUGUCUGUCAAACUCUUGCUCAAACCCCUCAGGUUCACUACACUACAGCCUGCACGCUGACACAGACCGGCACAGCAAGAAUACCAACUGUGGAAACAUGGGAACCAGCAAAGUGUGUCUCCUGGCAGUUUUCUGCACGCUCAUCAUCCUCACCACCUUCAGCGGCUGCGCACAGUCAGCGAGCUGCUGCCUGAUGUAUACCAGGCGGCGCCAGUUGCCAUACACGCGGCUGCUGGGAUACACCAUCCAGAACAUCAACACUUCCUGCGACAUCAACGCCAUCAUCUUCCACCUUCCGGGGAGGUUUUUGUGUGCCGACCCUUCCGUGGACUCGACCAGGAAAGGGAUGGCGUAUGUGGAUGAAAUGAGAAAGAGGAAGGGUCAGAUCACCAAGGAGACGAUUGCUGGCCACCAGAUCAGCAUAAACUGAUUAUGUCUUCAGCAUAUAACUCUGCUAUUUACCCGUUCCUGAGACUGGAAAAUACACUUGUGUUUUUGAUCACAUUCCACACUUUAAUAACUUUAAAUUACUGUAAAAGGGACUGUUAUGUUAUUUUAUAUUUUAUAUUAUAUUAUAUAUUAUUUUUGUAUUACAUUUUUAAUAUUUGUUCUGUUUUAUAAACAGAAAAGUGUAGUAUGCUUAAUACAUUCACUAAGCCAAGUAAACUAAGCUGUAGUUACGGUGCUUAAAAAAAAGAAAAAGAAGAAUGAAAACAGUUUUUUUUUUAAAAUCUUCUGAAUUGAGUUUAUGUUUAAAACUCAAACAGUUUUUGCUCCGAGAGAUGCAGCAUGACACACUGUGUUCCCACUGAAUGUGAAGGUUUGAUUGUCAUUUAUAUUUAAAAGAGAGAUCAUUAAUAAAACAUGUUAAUAUCAA